ACACAGUCGACCGAGUAGCCGACCGGAGUGCAUAGGUAUUUGCGACAAUAUCCGGCAACGUGUGGUCAUGUUUCUCCAGUAUUAUCUUAACGAGGAGGGAGACCGAGUGUAUACGCUGAAGAAGCUUGACCCCUUGGGACAGCAGACCUGUUCAGCCCACCCUGCUCGGUUCUCCCCAGACGACAAAUACUCGCGGCACCGAAUCACCAUCAAGAAACGCUUCAGGGUGCUCAUGACCCAGCAGCCUCGCCCUGUCCUCUGAUUGCCCCCUCGUGUGUCCGCUCCCUCCUUCAGACCGUCGGAGACGUCCGAAACCCGGCUGCGCAGCGUGUGAGCUGGAAGCAACGUUGGCCACAUAGGCCCUUUGGAACUCUUCAAUCAUGAUUUUGUGUGGGAAAUUGUGGUAGCGUCGCUUUUAAAGGGAAGGCAUUUGAAUCUUCAUAUUGUGAAUUGCUGUCCGGUUAUUAAAGAUAAAAUGUUUUUAUUUUCAA